AUGACGCUAGGUCACUCACUCGAACGCGCCUUGUCGCGGCCGACGGCCAAGCCAUAUCGGACCCGGAAUGUGCAAAACGAACAGUUCCAUGUAAAUCAACAGGGUCACCUUACCUUCAGCCCCGGUGAUAUCGAGAACCCUAAGGAAUGGUCCACUGGUCGGCGAUGGUAUAUCACCUUGGUCGCGGUGUUGAUCACUGUCAAUGCCACUUUCGCAUCUUCCGGCCCUUCAGGCUGUCUGCUAAGCAUCGCCGAUGAGUUCCAAGUAUCUGAGGAAGCCGCCGGACUGGUUACCACGCUCUUCCUGCUCGGGUACUGCUUCGGUCCUCUCGUAUGGGCACCUCUCUCGGAGUUCUACGGCCGACGAUAUAUCUUCUACUCAACCUUCUUCCUCUACUUCGUCUUCAACUUCUUAUGCGCCUUCACGCCCUCCUUUGCUGGCCUGCUCGUUGGCCGCUUUCUCACGGGCACCCUCGCCAGUGCCGGUCUGAGCAAUUCUCCCGGCGUCCUGGCUGAUCUCUGGGGUGCGGUGGAGCGCGGCAAUGCCUUUGCCUUGUUCUCAGUGUGUACCUUUGCCGGUCCUGCCCUCAGUCCGAUCAUCUCCGGUUUCUUCCAGUUGACCCUGAACUGGAGAUGGUCGUUCUACGUUCUGAUCUGGUUGGCGUUUCCAACGCUGCUCCUCAUGCUCACCAUCCCUGAGACGUUGCCAUCCCAGGUGCUCUUGAACAAAGCAAAGCGCCUUCGCCGCGCUAAAGUGCCGGGCUACGAAAAGAUCAUUGCACCUGUUGAGGCAUCCGAUCGUAGCCUUAUGGGGAUCUUCAAGGUGGCCCUCAUCAGGCCGUGGAUCAUCCUACUGGAUCCGAUCGCAUUGUUGACGGCCAUCUAUCUCUCCAUCGUCUAUGCUCUACUAUACAUGGAGUUCACAAUUUACCCUGUAGUCUUUCAGCAAAAGCGCGGCUGGAAUUCUGGCGUCGGCCAGUUGCCGCUGCUGGGUGCCAUGGUUGGUGCCAUCCUCGGUGGCGUCAUCGUGUACUUCGACUCUCGCCGUAACCGUCGACGGAUGCUGGAGGGCAUUGAACUCACACCCGAGGGCCGUCUUCCUCUUGCCAUGUUUGCAGGAGUCUUGUUUCCAGUCACGAUGUUCUGGUUCGCCUGGACUGGCGAAUUCGACUCGAUACACUGGAUUGUACCGACAUUGGCCGGUGUUUUCCUCAAUACAGCGGUUAUGCUUAUAUUCGUUUGUUACUUGAAUUAUCUCACGGAUACUUAUUUGAUGUACGCUGCAAGUGCGCUGGCGGGAAACACUAUUGCACGUUCAGCCAUGGCAGCAGCGGCACCAUUGUACACACAGCAGAUGUUCUCGGCUCUGGGCGUCGGCGUCGCAGGCAGUAUCAUCGGCGCAGUUGCGUGUUUGCUGGCCGUCAUCCCUUUCUUGUUCUAUCGAUAUGGCGCCCGGAUCCGACAGAAAUCCAGAUUUGCGCCGACCGAUGAUUCCCCUGCGCCUGAUUCGGGUAGUGGUGCUGGUAUACCCUCAACGACUGAGGAACAGGAACACUCGUCAGAAAGUGAUGCGGAGCGGGGCCUCGAUGAAGUGGCAGGUGUUGCUGAUGGCUUGGAGCAGGAGGAACAUCUCGAGAAGAAGGAAUCAAGGGGGAGCCGUGGAGGCGAUCCGUAUCUCAACGCCGAUGGCAUGGAGAAAGCCGAACGAUGA